ACUGUCUAGCACCAGUAUCACUUCCGGAUGAUGAAAACAUCUUAAUUUUAAAGAAAAAAGGAGAAACACAGCUUAUUUUGGCCAUGGCAACGAAUGUCAAACAAGAACCUGUUGAGGAUACUGACCUAGAAACACGGAUUAUAAUGUUAUGUCAUAAGAAUCCAGAUGGAAUCAAUGAUGCUUUGAUACAAGAGGACAUGCCACAGUUUGAUGUUAAACAGCGAGUUACUGCCAUUAACAGGCUUUUAUCAACAGGCCGUAUAGAUUUGUUGAAGAGCAGUACAGGGAAGCUGAUAUACAAGUUGAAGGACCCGGGAGCAACAGAUGUUCUGAAAGGGGGUGAUCAGCAGGAAAAAGUUGUCUAUCAAAUCAUCAAAGAUGCAGGCAAUAAAGGAAUCUGGAUACGGGACAUUAGGUUUAAGUCUAACCUGUUAUUGACACAAGUUAACAAGAUAUUGAAGAAUCUGGAGAGCAAGAAACUCAUCAAAGCUGUGAAAUCUGUAGCUGUAAGUAUUAACAUGUUGUCAUAGAUUAUCACAUUACAACAU